GUGUUCAAAACAGAGGGACACGCCUUGGCGGCUGGUUGACUCACGCACAAGAUCAAAGUUUUCCCGGAGUCGGGCCUCGGGACUGAGUCUGACACUGAUUCAGUCAGUCAUGUGAGAAUGGCCAGGCAGGGAGACGCCUCUCUCGAUCGCUCGCUCGCUACUCUUCCCGUCCGAGUCCUUCCUUCGCUGCUGUGACUGGCAGUCUCUCUGGCUGCGUGGCACUACUCGGGUUUAGUUUGUGGAGUGACAGUGAGGUGGACGCGUUGCUUCUGCUCCCGAAGUGUAUUUGUCAAUGAUAGAUCGCCUCUACCGGGAAAACUGGCGCUACUUCGCUGUCGAUGAACGUUUUUGUCUUCGUCGAGUGUUUUGAGCGGGACCCUCGGCUGAAGCAUUGGACAGCCAUGAAGAUGCGAAGAUAACUAUUAACUCUUGAACCUUCACGCAGGAGGGAGGCAUGAUGGUGGUGAGCCGGCUGAGCCUGGCCUUCUCGGAGACAUUGCAUACCACCAAACAUGUGGCCCAUGUCUGCCUCUUUAUCACAGUUGUGGUGCUCUUUGAAAUGGGAGCGGGGGGUUUGUGGGGUGACCCCCCAACUUCAGCAUCGUAUCCUCCUCUAGUCACUCUUUUACUCCAGAUCUUGAGACUUCUGCCCCUGCUAGCAUUGCCACAGGCACUUUUCAACUUCUUGGGGCUUAUAUGUUUUAAUGCAUUUCCUGAGCGUGCCAAGUUGAAAGGCUCCCCGUUAUUGGCUCCUUUUCUGUGCCUGCGGGUAGUUACGAGGGGGGAUUACCCUGAUUUAGUCCGACAAAAUGUUAAUCGCAACUUGACCACCUGUUUAAGGGUGGGAUUAGAGAAGUUCAUGAUUGAAGUUGUAACAGACAAAAAGAUUGAUCUCCCAGAAAACCAAAGGGUUAGACAGGUUGUUGUUCCCUCUAGUUAUCGACCAAAGAGUGGGGCCCUAUUCAAAGCACGAGCUCUGCAAUAUUGCUUAGAGGAAGACGUGAAUCUUUUAGCAGACACGGACUGGAUUGUCCACUUAGAUGAAGAAACAUUAGUCACUGACUCUGCUAUCAGAGGCAUUCUAAAUUUUGUCAUUGAAGGAAGACAUCAGUUUGGGCAGGGUCUAAUUACUUACGCUAAUGAAAACAUCAAAAACUGGUUCACAACCCUUGCUGAUAGCUUCAGAGUAUCUGAUGACAUGGGGAAACUAAGGUUUCAGUUUAAAGUGUUCCAUAAACCUCUCUUUGGCUGGAAGGGAUCCUACGUGGUGACUCAGGCUGGUGCUGAAAGGAGAGUAACUUUUGACCAUGGCCCAGAUGGGAGUGUAGCAGAGGACAACUAUUUUGGUAUGGUAGCUCUUAGGGAAGGGUACACUUUCGACUUCAUCGAAGGGGAAAUGUGGGAGAAGUCCCCAUUUUCCAUUUACGACUUUUUGCAACAGCGCAAAAGAUGGUUACAAGGGAUUUUGCUGGUAGUCCAUAGCCAGCACAUACCAGUGAGUACAAAAUGGUUAUUGGCUAUUUCCUUGUACUCCUGGGUGACAAUGCCGUUAGCUCUGGCCUCAGUGAUUUUGAGUACUAUAUUUCCUGUUCCAGUCCCAGGGCUUCUCAAUGUAAUGGCAGCUUUUGUAGGGGGUGUUAAUUUUUAUAUGUACAUUUUUGGUGUAAUUAAGUCCUUCCGUGUAGAUCGUAUUGGCUGGAUGAGAAUGGCGUUAUGCAUGGCAGGAGCUCUUAUUACAAUGCCAUUCAACUUUCUUGUUGAAAAUGUUGCUGUUGUAAGGGGGCUUGUUGGCAAUAAACACAAAUUCUACAUUGUCAAUAAGCUUACUGGUGCCCCCGAUAAAGUUGUGAGCACAGUUUAAUGGGGGGUUAGAGCACAGCUUGUGCCAGGCUAGUCAUUUGUAACUUAUUCUUUCACUUGUUAUUAUACUGUUGUGGUUGCAGAAGACUGUAGACAAAUAGCUGUUUGGAAAUCUGAAUUGCGAUACAAUAGAAAAAGAGGAGGUAGAGAAUACUCUUAGUUAAUUGCAGCUUAAGGUUAUUUUGAUGUCAGUUUUGCAUUUAGCUUAAAUGUAUUUGAGACAAGGGUACAUAUGUACUUGUUUACAUUUCUGACAAUAUAAUUUUGUUUUCAUAAGGAAAGUUUUGCUCACUUGAUACAGUAAAAGGUUUCAAUGUGGCAAAUGACUGCAUUGUUUUAAUUAGUCAAGAAGUUGUUGUAAUAUCUCAUGACCUUGUGGUUUCUGUGUGGUGCUCCAGUUUUGUUUGUGGUCAGGUGCUCAGGGAUGGAAGUGGAACAUGCAUGAAGCUGAAGAGUUUUAGAUGGCAUUUAGUGUAUAGCUCUGGAACCACCAUUGAACUGGAUAGUUUUUAUACUUUGCAGGCACUAAUCAAAAAAAGAAGUGCUUGAUUCCCGAUCCUGAUGUACCAUGUGAUUCUCAGAUGUUGUAGGCCAGGGAAAUGUAAAGUGAUAAGUUGAUAAGAACCAUUAGCACAAAUAAUAUCUAAAUAUAUGUGUACAUAUAUAUAGAUAUAAAUAUUUAUAUAUAUAAUAUAUUUUCAUGGCAAAUAUUAAGGGCAUGCGCAAAAGCAGCAUGAUGAUUUUGACUAGAUUAAAAGUAUAAUGGUGCUGUAAGAAAAGCAUCCCCCUCAACCCCUGCCUUGUGAUAAACAUUCACUGCCAGUGGAAAAGCAAAUGGAGUUUAGAGGAACCUAAUAAUAAAUGGAGAUAAUGAUUAUGCUGAUGUUGUUUCCCAGUGCCAGGGCAUUUCGUCUAUUAUACUGAAAAUGCCGUUAUUUUUCCUAAUAUAGAAAUUUUAAAAGUGUGUGUUUACAGUUAUCUUUGUCUGAUGUGUGUGUAUUAUUUUGAAAAAUGAUGUAGGUGUUAUGCUGCACUGUUUGCUCUUUUCACACUUGUUUUACGAGAAUUCAUAUGGAGUAAUUUUAAUUUGCUAUUAAUGCACAAAUUUUGUACAGAUUAAUUCAGAUUCUACUACCUAUAUGUUACAACACACUCUCUCACAAACAGUCUUAUUGUAUCGGAGUGGUCUCACUUGAUGCUGGAAAGAAUUCAGGAAAGAACUUUAUUAUUAGCUUUCAUAGCAGAUUUUUUUGUUCUGUUGGUUGUGAUGUUUUACUUGUUAAGAAAAAUUUUGUGCUUAUAUUGUUACCUUCCUAAGAAGUCUGGGAGAGGCAGUCUUUACCAAGGACUUUUAAAAUGAAAAGCUUUUGUGUUUCUCAAGUAAGUUGAGUGAAAUGAAAGUGUGUCGUUUCCUUAUUGUCUGUAAUAGCAUUUAGUAGGCCAGUCAUAUCAAAGUACAGUGGUAGUUUGUUCUUCCUUUUUGGUCAACUUCAGUGAGUUGAAAUACUCCCGACACCCUGUAAGAGUGAGGGAUAUUUGACAUUGAUUUUAAGAUACUGUAUAUAAUUAGCCUAUUGGAGUUUUGUUUACAUCAAAGUGUUCAAGGAAACUGAUUUUCUUGAGGUUUAAAAAAUCAAUAAAGGGAAUGAACUACAAGCUAGUGCAUAUCUCUCUCUCUCUCUCUCUCUCUCUCUCUCUCUCUCUCUCUCUCUCUCUCUCUCUCUCUCUCUCUCUCUCUCUCUCUCUCUCUCUCUCACAGGAGUUUAA